GUAUGCCCUAGUGUUGGGAGAAAGGAUUCCUUCGCCGGCUCAGCGCAUCUUUUGCGGACAUGAUCGCUUUGUUGAUGUUGACGGUAUCUCAAAGAAGAUUUAUUGUUGCAUCUCGGUGAAUGCAAUAAAUAAAUUAAUCUAAAUUGCAAGAAAGAUUCUUCUUCACUGUUUGGCAAUGAAAAUGGGAGACGAUGAUCCAACAGACGUUAGCCAAUGGGCAGAAGACGGAGACUCUAUCCGCAAUUCAACAACCAUUGCAACUGCACCUAUGCAGUUAGGAACAAUAUCAACCACACUUGACCCACUUGUGAGUAGUUCAUCGAGUCACGACAUGCUUCGCUACAUCCAAUUCUCUGUUCUAACAUUGAUAACUUUAUGUGGAUUCAUAAGCAACUUGUUGGUGCUCCUCCUUUUCUACAAAAGACCGACGCUACGAACAUUUUCCAAUAGAUUUGUUUUGAAUCUGUCCAUAUCACACUUCUGGCAGAGUAUCUUAAUUUUACCCACUACUGUGAUGUCUCUUGCCGCAGACAAGUGGAUAAUGAAUGAAAUGGCCUGUUUAAUUAGUGGUUUCUUAUGCACAACACUCAACAUUACUUCAGUUUUAUCGCUGCUUCUGAUAGCUUUAGAUAGAAACUGUGCUGUUAAUAGCCCAUUGCAUUAUUCCAUGACUAUUACAAAGAAACGCACUGGAUUCUUAAUUUUUUUGACUUGGUUUAUAGGAGCAUUAGUAGGUUCACCACCUUUUCUGGGCAUAGGACAAAUUGAUUACAGGCCUGAAUGGCACAUGUGCACCUUAGUCUGGAUUCGGAAUGAUGCAUACGGCCAAGUAUAUGCUACCGUGUUGGUAGUUUUAGGUUUUAUCGUACCUUUUUUUACUUCGAUAUGUGUAUAUGCCUCAAUGUUCCAAGCUGCCAGGGAUAAUUCAGAACGAGCCAGAAAACAUAGCGUAAAUAGUACUAAUGUUGAUACUAAUUUACCCGAUUCUCAGAUCAAAGCAGGAAGUAAUCCACAAAAAAAGAAAUGCCGUAGGUGGAGUUCAGGGUCCAACCAGUUCUUUGGCGAAGAAUGGAAAGCUGUCCGAACAGGUAUGUUGGUCGUCACCACAUUUACCUUAUGUUGGCUGCCAUACUUCACUUUCAUUUUUAUGGAAGCCUAUUUUAAUUUGAUUGACAGAAUACCGGGUUACGUCAUGUUCUUCGUGGUUUUCUGCUGUUCCAGUGCUUGCAUUAUUAAUCCAUAUCUGUAUGUAUUCCGCAAUAAAACUUCACGGAAGCACGUGAAACAGAUGUUAUGUCCCUCAAAUCUUAACAAGAACAAGAGAUGGAUUUUUCACCAAGUCAGCAAGGAUAAAGAAAACCAGACUGGGGUUAAUCCAUGUAUUCUAACUGCUAGUCUUGAUACCAAUGGUUCAGAAAAAGUUAAAGCACUGCCAUCACUUUAUCAAGAUAUUGAUGGAAACUGGCAAGUAUUCAGCACAUCAGAAGACCACAGCAGGGAAGAACUUGACGAGACUGUAUCAAAUAUAUCUGAUGAUGAUUUCUUUGAUAGCGGCUUAAAGACCAACCACGUCCCAACUAAUAGACGAAAGAACAAUAAAAGUGGCAGUAACGUCCAUGCAAUUUACAACAACUCUUAUAAUCGUAAUUUUGUUCUGAAAGGCAUAUCGCACUUAACUCAACAUAAUUCUUCAAAUAGACUCAUGCUAUUUAGGCUUAAAACAAGUUUAAACAGAGAUUCGACCAGCAGUGAUACAACUGAAAACUACAGCAUGUCUCUGGAAAGCAAUAACAGUAAUGAACACCAGACGGAUUCAGAUAUGAAUUUGCCAUCUAGAAAAGGCAUCGGUAAAUAUCUUUUCAAUACCUCUGAGGAAAUGUGGGAAACUAGGCCGACUGUAACUUAUCAUAAGCGGGUGAGUUCAGUCACCGAGGACUCAACAACUGCAAGUGAGGGAAAGAAGAAUCUCUCAUCCUUCGGCAGUGCAAGACGAAAGUCCUUUAUCCACAGCCACAUUAAGAACAAAAAAUCAAGCGAAACUACUUUAUCCUCAAACACCACAGAAACUUUGGAAUCUUCUUCAGCGACAUCAACUACUAAGUCCUCUAAAGGAAGCAUAAGGCCAAAAUUAGUCAGGCAAAUUAAGACAGUGCAGCCAUCUGAGGAUUAUUCAGGGACAUGAGAUACAAAACUGUUUUAGACAAAGUCCUGUAGUUGGAACAAACAUGGACCAGAAAGAGUAUAAAUUGAUUUAAUGAAAUGCUUUUUUGGAUGUACGCUUUAACUACAUGCCAAAGAUUUCAGAGUUUUGAUGCUAUUUAGGUAUA